GUAAACCUUACCUUCUUCCUAAAAUCCUUCUGCAACUUCUGUCUGUAACAAUGUCUUCUUAUUACCCCCUAAUUCGUCUAAUUCUUCUCCCAAUCCUCUAUAUUCCUAUAUUUAUCCCAAAUCAUCUCUAUCCUUAGAGAUCCAAACUGUUCCUGAUAAUCCAAUUUUUAGUGGGUUCACUACAAGUGGUAUCAGAUGGCCAACAAAGAUGCAAUCGAUGAACUGAACCGAAAGAUUGAUUAGUUAGCUAGAACUCAAAAAGAGUACAAUCAGAGACAAAAUGAGCUAGCUCUUAAACAAGCAUAUCUACUCAAGAAGGUUUAUCAACACCAUGAACAACCAUCAGCAAGGUUUUUAUAGUCUAUCCGAGAUUUAUUUCGAGAAUGUCGUGACAAACAUGAUAGAGUUUCUGCUGGUCAAGGUCAUACACCGGACCAGAAAUUUCUAAUGGAGUUUUAGAUUCUACUACAACAACAAAUCUCUCUAACGGAUCUGGUGAAUCGAAGAUGGCCGAGGACGAAAUUAUUUCCAAAUUGAAAUCAUUUUUACUUGACUCAGAUGAUUUAAGCUCAUUAAGAGAAUCAAUUCAAAAUUCUUCAACUCCAAGUGCAAUUGAUUAAGGUAAUUUUCGAUCUACACCAAUAAUUGUUUUCUCUAGUAUUUACGGAUCUAGUGUUGUUAAUGAAGUUCAGAAAUACAAGGGAAAUUCGAUGUUUCUAGAUUAUCAAGAAGGUAAACCCUUCGUUUCUGAAAAUGAUUCUCUUAAUGUUGUUUCAAAUUCUCAAGUUAUAAAGGUUACAAAUACUGAGGUAAAGGAUUUCAACUGGAUAACUCAGAAUUUCAGUAAUAAAUGUCAAUUUACUUCUUACAUUUUCCAAUUGCUCAAGGGAUUUUCCAGACUACAGGUAUCACAAAUUAUUUAUGUAUGUGUUGUUAUAUCUAGUCCUGAUUCAGUCCGUAUGAUUUUUUAUCGUGGUAGAGAAUUUGUGGUCUGUGAGAUGGUUCUUAUGUGUGCUAGUAGGAAAAAAUGCUCCUAUUGUGUCUUCAUUUUUGCUGGAAGAGUAAUUGAUAGAGGAAAAUGGUUUGACUUGAGUUGGAAUACUUCUUAUUAUGUAGAUAGUAAGCUUAGGUAUAGCUUGGAAUUGUUGUCUUCUUAUUCAGGUGUGCUUGUAUCUGUUGGAAAUGGUGACAAUGAAUAUAGUUGGCAGUUGUUCCUGAAAUUGUCACAAGAAGAUUGCAUCACCAGUUAUGCUUGUGGUCGUUUGUUGUUUGAUCGAUAUAGAAUGCAUCAGACCGAUUUGUGGAAUUCUUAUUUAGAGGUGCUAGUUGCAGCAAGUUCCGAAUUAUUUCAGAAAUUACUUAACUACAUGGGAAGCAAUAAUUAUGAUCUGGUUCAAUUGAAUGCAAGUAGUUACUUUGGUGCGGCUGUCGUGCUUGUGAAAGCAUCUCAAGGAGAUAGUGAAGAUCGUAACACAUUGGUUGCUGACAUAUCACACUCUAUGGUUACUAAGAAGAUGAGAUAUGGUUUUCUCAAAAUGUUUGUUAGUGUAAUGUGCAGUUUAAGUAGUGGAAAAUGUAUCUAUGGUGGCCAAUAUUUUUCUGGAAGGGUAUUUGAUCGAGGACGAGGGACACGAUCGAUUGUAAGUAAUUCUACAUUAUGCCUGCAAAUUCUUACUUUUGGUAUGUUUGUUCUAACGGGGUGAACUUGGAUAAAUGUUUAUGAGAUAAUUCUAGCACAUGGAAAUUUUUCAGAAUUGUUAUGGAGGUAUCUAAACGGGUUGUUGUUCGUGAAAAAUAGUGACAGUCAGGUUGUUUGCAAGCUCCAUGAAGAACUAUUAGAGAAAGUUAAUGUUCUCUAUAAUAUUUUUCAUCUGACAAAGGGAAAUGAAUCUAGCUAUACACAACAAAUACUCAAUCAAAUGCCCAGCCGUCAUAGAUGGAGUUUUAAUGGUGAUACUGGUUUUGUGCUUUUUCAACAGUAGACACAUGAAGAACCUACACCCCCCUUACAUUUCAUUUUUGGGUUUUAUACCGCUAAUGAAAGUUGGUUAGAUCAGUUUCGUAGGAAAGUCUAUCAUCCAGCGUGGUAUUCACAGGUGAUUACAGUGUAUAAGCUAGAAAAUGUUGUGCCUUGGCUCCAUGUAUGUCCUCUUAUGGUGAUUUUCUUAGUUGCUGAAAGUUAUUGUAAGCUCUUGAAGCUCGGGAGGGGUUAUAGAAGACUGGGAUUCAGUGAAAGAUUAGUGGGAAUCAAGAUAAUACUUGUAUCAGUUAAUGGUAUAGAGAGUAUAACACAACUGUUAGAAGUACUCAGUGACGAAGUAGAUGGUGUUUGUACUCAGUUGGAAGUUGCAGUUCUGAGGUGUGCUUUGACGAUGACUAAACUGCUGAACCAUACUCUAAUAGGUAUUCCCACAUAGAUUAAUGCUCGACAAUAUAACCCUGGACACAAUCAGUUAUUAGGGUCGCUAAUUCAAAAAAGAGGAUAUUAUAGAGGAGAUAAAUUCUGCAAAAGAAGAGUGGAAAGCAUGGAGAUGCUUCUAACGACUAAUGAUGGAAAAAGCAGAGGGUAUGAGUUGCUCAGUCAAAUGUGUAUAAAAGUUGUUGGUGUCGAGAUUUGGAUUACUCCAGGCAAUACUGGGACAGCGACAGUUGUAUUCAUGCCUACCAAGUAUUGAUCUUUGAAGCUACUGGGAUUUUAAAACUUGGAGAAAUAAGAACAAGAAAGAACAAUUUAUUGUUUGUUGUUACAGUAGGAAUAUUGACCAAGUUUGUUCCUUACAGUUCACAAGAAGAUCCGUUGUUGUAUGUCUGGGAGCUUAUAUUGAGAAUGGUCACCAUGCUCAAGUUGGUUGCUGUACAGGUGCUUCGUCUCACCAGACUACACGACUUUACCGUAUACAGACUACACAGUAAAAGGUCCUUGGAUAGUUUUGGUCAGAGUUGUUCAUCAAAUUAGCUGUUGCUCCUCGAUUCAUCAUAUUUCAUCACCCUCGAAUAGCUGGUAAUAGCAAAGAGUGUCUUAUUCUCAUGGGUGCUUUUACAAUUAAUGUCAGUGACAUUUUUAUAGUUAUUCAUAACUGCGAUGGAACCUUGGCCAAUACUGGCACUACAAGAUAUACUUCUUUUAGUACCUACUUGGCAGUGACUUAGGAAGAUAUUGGUUUGUUUAACCUUGAGAGAAUAAGCACCAACAGUUCACAAGAGGAGACCAGUCGCCAUGGGAUUUGUAUUGAGAUCAUAAGAGUCACAUUCCUUGCGGUUCUGGUGUCCGUUAGAAAGCUGCAGCAACAGUGCCUUCCAUUAGACGAGCUUACUUACAUCUUCUACAACCGAGGUCAUUUCACAUUUUACAUCCUAGAGGACAAGGAUGAUCUGGAGAGGUCGGUAGUUGUCAUGAACCUACAUGAGGCAGACCAUCUUGGUUAUGGGAAGGACCUAUCUAGUUACGAGCAAGGUGUCGUUAGUAGUUCUAGAUAUUGUUAAUCAUGUGAGUGGCUCAUGCUCUGCACGAUAGUAGUGUGUCGUCCAACCUUAUAUAUGGACUUUUGUACACCUUUGCAAAUUAUCUAAUGAAAAUAUAAACCUUACCUUCUUCAUAAAAUCCUUCUGCAA